GCUGUGUGUGUACGAGUCGGUGCUCUCAUUCAUGCGGAGGUUCUAGCAGCGAGCAUCGUCCACGGAACAGAGAGUUCUCUCAGACCAGUUGGAAGGGUUGUGACCCUGUUCGGAAGCAGCCAACAUGGCAGAAGCUCACCAGGCGGUGGCCUUUCAGUUCACCGUCUCCCCCGAUGGCAUCGACCUCCAGCUGUCCCACGAGGCGCUGCGCCAGAUCUACCUCUCUGGCCUGCACUCCUGGAAGAAAAGGUUCAUUCGCUUCAAGAAUGGGGUGAUGACUGGUGUGUACCCAGGCAGCCCUGGUGGGUUCAUGGUAGUGGUUGUGUCCUACAUGUCCUACAAUAAGUAUCAACAGCUGGAUCCCUCUCUGGGCUUGAUUGCCAAGCUGGGUCAACACAUGCCCAUCAGUCGAUACAUGUCCACUGACAGCCAGAAGAUAGUUGGAGGUGUUCUGGUGGGCACAGGCCUGUGGGUCUCCAUAAUCAUGAUUAUGAGGAGUGUCCUAAAGUCCCUGUUGUCGUGGCACGGCUGGAUGUACACCAGCCACGGCUCUGUGGCCUGGUCCACUCGUCUGUGGAUGGUAUUGGUUAAGGUGUUCUCUGGCAGGAAGCCAAUGCUCUACAGUUUCCAGAAUUCCCUGCCGAGACUCCCUGUUCCUUCCAUCAAGGACACCUGCAAAAGGUACCUGGAGUCAGUGCGUCCACUGAUGGAGGACGAGCAGUACCAGCGCAUGGAGGGCUUGACCAAAGACUUUGAGAAGAAUCUAGGACCCAGACUGCAGUGGUACCUCAAACUCAAGUCCUGGUGGGCCUCCAACUAUGUCAGUGAUUGGUGGGAAGAGUAUAUUUACCUUCGAGGCCGUGGGCCCAUCAUGGUCAACAGCAACUAUUAUGCCAUGGAUUUCCUGUACGUGUUCCCCACCUCUAUCCAGGCUGCCCGAGCAGGGAACGCCAUCCAUGCCAUCAUGCUCUACAGGAGAAAACUGGACCGAGCCCAGAUCAAACCAAUUUACUUGCUGGCGAAUAAGGUUCCUCUGUGUUCGGCUCAAUGGGAGCCGAUGUUUAACACCACCCGCGUUCCUGGUUUGGAGACAGACAUCCUUCAGCAUGUGAACGACAGCAAACACAUUGCCGUGUACCACAAGGGCCGUUUCUUCAAGGUGUGGAUGUUUUAUGACGGGCGGUUGCUGUUGCCACGGGAGAUCGAGCAGCAGAUGGCGAGGAUCUUGGCCGACACCACUGAGCCAAUGCCGGGAGAGGAGAAACUAGCUGCACUCACCGCAGGGGACAGGACCCCGUGGGCCAACGCCAGAGAAACCUACUUCAGUCGUGGUAAGAACAAGCAAUCUCUGGACGCUAUCGAGAAGGCGGCCUUUUGCGUGACCCUUGAUGACACCGAGCAGCGCUUUGAAUCGGACAACCCGGACCAGUCUCUGGUCAGCUACGCAAAGUCCCUCCUCCACGGAAAGUGCUACGACAGAUGGUUCGAUAAAUCCUUUAACCUGAUCAUUUAUAAGAACGGCACCAUGGGACUGAAUGCGGAGCAUUCCUGGGCGGAUGCUCCAAUCGUCGGACAUCUCUGGGAGCAUGUUCUUUCCAUGGACCCUAUUAAGUUGGGAUACACUGAGGCAGGUCACUGCAAAGGGGAACCCCACCCCAACCUGCCUGGUCCUCAGAAGCUGUCGUGGGACAUCCCGGCUGAGUGCCAGGAGGUCAUCCAGAGCUCUCUGAAAGUAGCCAGGACUCUGGCUGAUGACGUGGACUCUCACAUCAUGCCCUUCAGUGACUUUGGCAAAGGUCUGAUAAAGAAGUGCCGCACCAGUCCUGAUGCCUUCAUCCAGAUCGCCCUGCAGCUGGCCCAUUACAGGGACAAGAAGAAGUUCUGUCUGACCUACGAGGCCUCUAUGACGCGUCUGUUCCGCGAGGGCCGGACGGAAACCGUGCGCUCCUGCACGUCAGAGUCGUGUGCCUUCGUCCGUGCCAUGAUCAAAGGAGAGACCAGAGACGAGUGUCUCAGACUGCUCAAACAGGCCGCGGAGAAGCACCAAAACAUGUACCGCCUGGCAAUGAUCGGAGAGGGCAUCGAUCGCCACCUUUUCUGCCUCUAUGUGGUGUCCAAAUACCUCGGCGAGGACUCGCCCUUCCUCAAGGAGGUCCUGUCUGAGCCGUGGAGGCUGUCCACCAGUCAGACGCCCUUGCAGCAAGUGGAACUGUUCGAUCUGGUCAGACACCCCGAGUAUGUCUCUGCUGGAGGAGGAUUCGGUCCAGUGGCUGAUGAUGGUUACGGGGUCUCUUACAUCAUCCUUGGGGAGAACCUGAUCAACUUCCACAUCUCCAGCAAACACUCAAGCCCCGAAACUGACUCUCACCGUUUCAGCGGCCACAUCCGACAGGCCAUGCUCGACAUAAAGGGUCUCUUCCAGCUUGAAAAGAAAACCCAGUGAUCAGCCCUCUCCAAGCGUGGAGACGACAUAAGUAGUUUUUAGCAAGGAAUCUAUUCUUUCUGAGGUUUGUACAGAAUCAAAUAUUGGAUUUAGGGUUAAUUGAAUUAAGAAUGGUUGAGAUUUUUUGUCAAUUUGUUGGCGGUGCCGUUAAGAGUACUGUAUGUAUAGGCAGGGUGAGAUACUGGUGUUCUUGGGUACAGUGCGUCGUUAAAGGGUUUUAUUGGCAGGACUGUUUGCAUGGGUGCCUUGGUGACCCACCGAUGUAGGAA